UCGAAGCACCCUGGACGAGAAUUCGUGAGCUUCCAAGAAGCGUGUUUGACUCUCCUCUCCAGUCCAUUGUGUGCGGCGAGAAUGCUGCAUCCCUGGCGAGGCUCGUCGCUGGAGCGAAGCGACUGGCUCGUACUCGCGGCUGCUGUGACCUAGGCGGGUCUGCCCUUUAUUAUUCCGCCAUGGAUUCACAGAACUUUAUUCUCGGCGCACUGCUUCAGCAAAGCGAAACCAGCAAACCAGCAUUCAGCGCGUUCGAGAACGGGAGGCAGAUCAGAGAGGUGACUUUUGAGUCGACUCAAGAGUCAGCACGGGGGGGCAGAACAGACAUGGCAGAGGCAGAAGCCGGUCCGAGGCAACACGUGGCGCUACAAAGAAGCGGAUCGCACAUGUGGUUGCACACUCCGCGUUCCACGGCUGGCGAUCGCCCGCGCUCGACGGAUGGGUCAUUGCUACUCAUACGCGACCGCGCUGCUUCCUGGCCGCCACCGUGUCAAUGGUGCGCAUAAGCGCGACUGCACUGGCGUUCGGCGUUCUGAAACUGGACCUGUCGCGGAACACCUCAACGCGACCGCGCGUUGCCUCCGCCACCAUCCCAAAUGGAGCGAAUAACUCAUUCGCGAAUAAAGUGCGAAUGCCCCGCACCGUCGCUGUCACGGUGCGCGCCCAACUCCAAGGGCCGUCCAAUUCGAAUAAGCGUGGGCGCCGGCAAUACAAGAGAAGCUGCCGCGCCGAAUCCCGGCGAUUCGGCAGCAUCCUCCAAUGUCAGCGCGCCACCUGUCUACAAGCAGCGCUGGGAGCAGGAAGAGAAUGGUCUCUGCUCCCCCCCCUUCUUCGAGUCGACCAAUCAGCGCCGGGCUUCUGCCUUACAGCGAGACCUCCUGUAUCGAGGAUCCGCUGUGGGUCAGCCCCAGCCCCCACCAUGACUCGAAGAGCAAUAAAGCGCGGCGAAAGGAGACAGGCGACACACGUACGGCCCUGCGAAGGGAUAUAAUCGCAAAUUACCUUGGACGGAGUCACCCUGGACGGAGUCACCCUCCCAGCACAUCGCGCACACAAUAAGCGGCGCAGCAGCACACUCUCAGCUCACUCCAUCCGCUCCUCAUCCUCCCCCGAAUCAUCCCCUGGCCGUGUGUGAACCUCCUGCUAGCUGCUUUCGCAGAGAGUCGCAGGGCUGGUCGCAUGGCGAAUAAGAGGCACCACCAGUGCCCGUGUGGGGAUUCAGCUAGGGGGUUGUAUGGACAGCCAAUGGUGGAGUGUGCAGUGUGAUUGUAGCCGCAUGCAGUGCGAUGACACAAUAAAGGGAUGGGUCACGC